AUGGGGUUGGGGUUUUCCCCUACCUACCUUUUUCCGGUGGGGUUUUGCAGAGGUUUUGUUCCCAGCUUGAGCGAAGAGGGUGACGGGACGACGGACAAGAUGGGCAAGGAUGACGACGUCUCCCGCGCCGUCGUGGAGGACGACACCGCGCUCCUCCUCGCGGCGGUGGACAGCAUCAAGAAGGCGGCGCUGGGUCGGCUGCGCAACGGCUCCGACGCCGCCAGGAUCCUCGACCAGGAGAUGUCCAACAGGCUCCUCCACCUCGCCUGCAGGCACGACGUCGCCGAGUGCGCCAGGCUCCUCCUCGACGGUGAGUACGGGAUCACGCCGGCCUCCGUCGACGCCAGGGACCAGCUCACGCGUACACCGCUCCACGUCGCCGCCGAGGGGCACUCCAAGAGGUGCCUCCAGCUGCUCCUCUCCAGGAACGCCCGGACGGACGUCAGGCUGCUCGACGGCACACGCCUAGUCGCGCUCGAGGUCGCGCUCAUGAGCAGAAGGGUUCAAGUUGAUUGGUCACCGGACAACUCGGUCGAGGAUCUUCUGGUUUAUCUGCAACAAAAGGAUCUGAACGCGGUGAGGCUUCUGGCAGAGAAGACCAGGGAGGUUGGGGAGGUGGCUUACAGAUACGCCAUGGAGGGGCGUGUCGCUGCACUUGCAAUGCUGCUCCUGGUGGCUGAGGAAAGGAUAUCGGCGAUGGUGAGCGUGGUGAUUGAUGGCGUCAGGACCAAGAGAUCAAUUUACAACUCUGUUGUGGAUGAGGUUCUGUCGAUUGGAGAGGCUUCAGCUAGAGACGGCAAUGAAAUGAGGAGGAAAGCCUUGCUCUGUGAGAUUCAGCUGCUUAACCAAUUUGGGGCCACGUCGUGGAGGGACCAAAAAGUUGACAGGAGAAGCUUGCCCCCUCUACUUAGGGCUGCAAAGGCCGGAGAUAUGAAUGUCACAAAGAUGCUUCUGAUGGGGGAUGUUGAUGUCAAUGAAACCGACCCCAAAGGAAACACGGCACUUCACUCUUUCCUCAGUAGUAGCUCAAGCACACAGGAGCCAAGGAUUGAGUGGCUCCUGCUGAAGAAUGGUGCCAGAGUUUUCCAGGGGAACAAACUAGGUCUCACACCAGUGCACAGUACUGCAGCUAAGGAUAAUUACAAGGCUCUUCAGUCACUUCUGCUUCAUGCACAAGAUUGCGUUGAUAUACCUUCCAAGACCAAAGAAACCCCAUUAUUCCUUGCAGCGAAAAAUGGUUCUUUGAGCUGUGUACGACUUCUUUUGCGUUAUGGGGCUAACCCCAAAGCCCAGAACCUACGAAAGCAAAGACCAAUAGACGUGGCGACAUCCCAGGACAUGCGGUUUCUUCUCAACUCCGCAAAUGUUGUACCAAUGAACCAUGGCUCAAUGGAAAAGAACCAUGCAAUGAAAAAAGAAAGGCACAAAGAGCUUCUGGAUGAUGAUUUCGAUGAUUAUGACAACGACGAUUAUUAUGAAAGCUAUGUUGUGCCAAAGGCGUCAGUAGGUCACGGGGAUUUUCGUUCCAGCAAUUUAUCUGCCCAAGGGGCUAAAAGUAAGAGCCACAGUGCCCCGAAAGAAGGUCCCAAAUUAUCUCAGCAUAAUGAUCAUUGGGAGAAGCAUGACUACACUCGCAAAAUCUUUGUUGGGGGUCUCCCGCUUACGGUAGACGAUGUGUACCUUAGCAGAUUCUUCAGUACUGAAUUCGGACCUGUGGAGGAAGCAAUGGUUAUUACUUUAAAAAUAGACAACAGAUACGCCAUGGAGGGUCAUGUCGCUACACUCGCAAUGCUCCUGGUGGCUGAGGACAGGAUAUCGGCGACGGUGAUAGACGGCGUCAGGACAAAGAGAUCAAUUUACAACUCUGUUGUGGAUGAGGUCCUGUCGAUUGGAGAGGCUUCAGCUAGAAAUGGCAAUGAAAUGAGGAAAGUCUUGCUCUGUGAGAUUCAGCUGCUUAACCAAUUUGGGGCCACGUCGUGGAGGGACCGAAAAGUUGACAGGAGAAGCUUGCCCCCUCUACUUUGGGGUGCAAAGGCCGGAGAUAUGAAUGUCACAAAGAUGCUUCUGAUGGGGGAUGUUGAUGUCAAUGAAACCGACCCGGAAGGAAAGACAGCACUUCACUGCUGCCUCAGUAGUAGCUCAAGCACACAAGAGCCAAGGACUGAGUGGCUCCUGCCGAAGAAUGGAGCCAGAGUUUUCCAGGGGAACAAACUAGGUCUCACACCAGUGCACAGCGAUGCAGCUAAGAUCAAUUACAAGGCUGUUCAGGGCUUCUCUGUUGUCAAAUGUCAAAGCAUGAUGUUUGUUAGUUACAGCUCCAAAUAG